CUGCAUAAUCUGACAUGUCAGCUCUUUAUAAACUACAAGGUUUUCCUGUGUACGAACAAUGGAUACUUAAAUUGUCUGUUAAACUUCCUUCGGCGAUUUACAACAGGAAAAUGGCCGACACCAUGAAGAUCGCAUCUUUUAACAUCAGACGUAUGGGUCCAAGCAAGCUGUCAGACCAAAAUAUUGUAAAAUAUCUCAUUAAGAUCUUCUCUCGGUACAGUAUAAUCAUUCUUCUUGAGGUGGUGGACAAAUCGGGCAAAUCUAUAGCCAAAUUUCUCCAGGAGCUCAACAGCACCAGAGCUAAUAAGAAACGUCCCUUCACUAUGGUGGGAAGCUCCAGGCUGGGACGGACUCUUUAUAAGGAACAGUUUGUCUGUUUCUACAGAAAAGAUGAGGCCGAACUGGUCGACACGUACCAAUACGAAGACAAUCAAGUGGGUGACGAGGACGCUUUCUCUCGAGAGCCCUUCAUCUUGCGUUUCCGCUGUAAACACACAGUGCUAAAAGAUUUGGUGUUGAUCCCUGUUCACACAAAGCCCAAAGACUCACAGAAGGAACUGGAUGAACUAUACGACGUCUUUCGGCAUGUCAUGGAUAUAUGGAAAACGGAUAACGUCAUGAUCCUUGGUGACUUCAACGCGGACGGUGCCUAUGUCUCCAAGAAGAAGAUGAAGACCAUCAGGAUCCGCAGUGAUCCCAAUUUCCACUGGCUGAUUGGGGACGAUGUGGACACCACAGUUAUCCAGUCCAACGACCACACCUACGACAGGAUUGUGGUGUAUAAGGACGACAUGUUAAAAGCUAUUGUUCCAAGAUCUGCAAAACCUUUCAACUUCCAGGAAGCCUACAAACUUUCAGAUGAAACUGCCCUGGACAUCAGUGAUCAUUACCCAGUGGAGGUGAGUCUGAAGAAAUCAUCUGCGGCAAAGACCAGCGGCAAAGCCAAAACACAGAAACGCAAAGCAUGAUGGGAUGCCGAUGCACACUGUAUGGGAUCUUAACUUCAUUCUACUGAGGGAGAGAUGCUACCUCUUCAUAAGAUAAUUCAGGCAUUAAAAAUAAUUUAAAAGCAGUUAUCUUUUCAUGCUAAUUUAAUGAAAUUUACAUUUCAAUAUAGUUCACAUGCUUAUAAAUGUUUGAAAUGACUGUGAAAUCUCAAAAUAAACUU